UGUUCAAAACUCUGCAUUAAGUAAUAAGCAAGGAGAAUCGCUUUCUAAAAUACGUUUAUGCUUGAUUUUCUUGCGUAGAUUUGGACAAGAUUAGUUUAUAUAAUGGCAGAGUAUUGGUUGAUUUCUGCUCCGGGUGAUAAAACCCCGCAACAGACUUACACAAAUCUCAAAAGCAAAAUGACUGGACUCACGGCAGUGUUCUCUCUUCAGCUUCCAGAGCUCAAGGUUGGAACUUUGGAUACACUUGUGGGAUUAUCGGAUGAUUUAGGAAAACUGGAUGGUUUUGUUGAAAGUGUGACACGCAAGUUAGCUCACUAUAUGGGUGAUGUACUUGAAGAACAUCAGGACAGAGUAAGAGAAAAUCUGCUUGCGAAUGGGCAGGACCUGUCUAACUUUGUAACCAAGUUUCAGUGGGAUACUGCAAAAUACCCAACCAAACAAUCACUGAGGAACCUAACAGAGAUUAUUAGUAAGCAAAUAACACAGAUUGAACAUGACCUAAAGAGCAAAGCAUCUGCUUACAAUGCCAUCCGUGGAACUUUGGCUUCUCUGGAUAGAAAGGCCAAGGGAAGCUUGUUAACAAGAAAUUUGGGUGAUUUGGUGAAGAAGGAAGAUUUUGUUUUGGACUCAGAAUAUCUUACCACACAGUUAGUGGUUGUUCCCAAAGCCCUUACCUCUGAAUGGGAGAGAGUUUAUUGGAAACUAACUGAUAUGGUUGUUCCAGAAUCUUCAAAGCUGGUUUACGAAGACAACGAACAUGGGCUGUACACAGUUACUCUGUUCAAGAAAGUUGUUGAUGAGUUUAAACUACAUGCAAGAGACAAAAAAUUUUUAGUUCGAGAAUUUGUGUAUGAUGAACAAGCCCUUGAAGCAGGAAAAAACGAGAUCACAAAACUGGAAUCAGACAAGAAAAAGCAGUUUGGUCCGCUUGUGAGGUGGCUCAGAGUCAACUUCAGUGACUCUUUCAUUGCAUGGAUACACGUCAAGGCCCUUCGUGUGUUUGUGGAGUCAGUUUUAAGAUAUGGUUUGCCAGUGAACUUCCAGGCCAUGUUACUACAGAGUCUUGAGAUCCCAGGACUCAGCCUUGCGCACCAGGAAUAUUAUCCCUACGUGUUUUAUCAGAUUAAAUUAGAUCUUAUUGACCGGUAAAGAUCGCCAGUCAGAAUUGUUUACAAAUGAUCAACCUUAAAAAAUAUUCUAAUUUUUAACCGAAUGAAAGAGAGAUGAAAUUUGAAUGUUUUGGCAAAGGGUCAUCAGGGAAGUAUCUCUCGAUAAUUGCUUUCUAAUUUGCCUUUAAAUAUUAUGAAAAAAAAUUGAGAUGUAAAUACAAGAUAAAUGUGAGUAGGAUGGUCGCCCUCUCCCAUCGGGAUUAUCUACUACAUGUACUAAAAUGAUUUCCAAUAUGUACAGCUUUUAGUGGGCUAUAUACCCCAAUUUUCUGUUAAACAUGCAAAUUAU